AUGACUGACCCUUUACCCCUGACCUCUUCUUCCAACCCCCAGGUGAUGAAGACCUACCACAUGUACCACACGGAGAGCAUCAGCGCCGAGAGCAAGCUGAAAGAGGCGGAGAAGCAGGAGGAGAAGCAGAUCGGCCGGGCCGAGCCCGUCUUCAGCAUCCGCCUGGAGGACAAGCACCAGAGACGCAGCUCCGUGAAGAAGAUCGAGAAGAUGAGGGAAAAGGUACAGCACACUUAUGGCUGAUUCACACUAAUGGGCCAGGCCAAGCUGUUCUGGGCUGACCUGGUUACGCAUCCAUCAUAGUUGCUGGAACCGUGCUAGAAAGGACAAGGUAAAAAGAAUCAGAGCCAACACAGUAUGGUUUGGGGCGGCACAAUAGUGUGAGAAAAUGAGUAUUGGGAUGAUAAUGAUGAUGAUGGUUGCUAAAGGGAAUGUUGGAAUGUCUUCUCAUUAAACACAGUUAGCCAGCUGUGAUUAGUCACGCUCACAGUGUAUAUUUCUAUGGUCACCCUCUCCAUACAUUCACUUUGUAUGGCCCCAACUUUAAGGAACUUACGUUGACAUCCAGUUGUCCCUGAAAAUGUUCAUCAUUUGUAACAGAAAAAGACCUCUACCAGCCAGCCAGACCUCCAUUUUGUAUCAAACAACCCCGCUGUCCUGUGUGUGAGUGUGUGUAUGUCUCCCGUGUUUGUGAUGGAAACCACACUGUGAGCACUGUCACUUACAGCCUGAUUGCUUUGUGUUUUUCUCAGAAGGAACAGGCCUGUUUUCUGUUAGUGCUCCGUGACCAAUGGUUUAAUGGCCACGGGAACAGCAUUUUUUCACAUGCUCCUGGAAAGCGUGGUGUUUCGGGAAGUGUUAAAAUAUGGAAGACCGUGUCAGUAUGUGAGUCAGUGUUCAUUGGUCAUUGGCUGGUGACUAACUAACGCUCACUCUGUUCGUCUGUCAGGCAGUUGUGGAGGAAGAGUAAGUCUGAAUGAGCGUGGCUGGGCUGGGAAGUGGCUAAUCUUAGAUCAAUUAGUUUUGUAAACAUGCAUAGUUUAUGCCCAGUCAGUAUUUUCCCCCCAUUCUUAUGUUUUCGUUAUUUUUGUUGUUGUUGCCGUAGUAGCUGUUAUUUGCCCUCCACUCCACUGUUGUCUAUCUACGCCAGCUCCUGUUUGUCAGUCAUCCUGAGUUGUGUUGUGUGAGAGCCGCCAUACAGUGUGCAUACAGACAUGAAAGCACGCUCCGCUGUCAAUAAAGGCUUUUUCGAUCAUUAAUUUCUCUCCCUCCCUUUCUCCCUCUCUCUCCCCAUUUCACUCUCUUCAUCUGUCUCUCUCUUCAUCUGUCUCUCUCUCUCUUCAUCUGUCUCUCUCUCUUCAUCUGUCUCUCUCGCCUACUCUUCCUCUCUCUUUUCAUCUCUUUCUCUCUCUCUCUCUGUCGCUCUGUCUCAUCAGCGCCAGGCCAAGUACUCUGAGAAUAAGCUGAAGUCAAUCAAAGCACGAAACGAGUACCUGCUGACACUGGAGGCGACAAAUUCCUCCGUCUUCAAGUACUACAUCCACGACUUGUCCGACUUAAUUGAUGUAAGUAAACAGCAUGACAUAUUUUUAGUUGGGAGAAACUUCAAGCUAAAGAACAGACAGACACUCAUUUAUCUGCACCGUAAAACUGGGAAAGUUUGAGUGUCAAGGCCAAAUGAGAAAGUGUUACUGAACAGCGUCUCUACUCCCUCUUCUCUUGUUAAUAAGCCCUUGGUUGCAUCCAAAACGGCACCCUAUUCCCUACAUAGUGCACUACUUUUGACCCGAGCCCUAUUGGCUCUGGUCAAAGGUAGUGCACUAUGUAGGGAAUAGGGUGCCAUUUCAGACAUAUCCCUUCUUAACAUGAUUAAUGACGUUCACUCAUACAUUCCUAAAUAUCUGAGGGAAUGUAUACAUUACUCCAAAACAGAGAGAGAUUCUCUCUGCCACAAACAGAGAGCUGCUUCUCAGUCUAAGUCUCUUCCAUUCCCCACACUUCAAAUGAAACUGUCUGCACAUCCAAUCAUACAGUAUGUUUUUAAAAAACGCAUCUCCCUGCUAAGGUAAAUUGUAUUACGCUCUUUUUCUAUCCUCAUAAUGUUGAAGAAACCCUGCCAUUCAGCAGUAUUUUUUUAGGUCCUUUUGAGACCUAAUAUAUCUGGGUCUGUAGAAAGAAAUGGAUGAGUUUAGCAGGAGAGCUGAAAUAUGAGCGAUGGUGAAGACACACACCAAACAAACUGUGGGAUGGAAAUGACUGAAGGAAGAGAAUUAAAAAGCCCAGUAGAUUAGUAGCUCUUGUGAUUCAAGCUAUUCUACUAUUCUAUUCUACCAUGUUAUACACAGUACUGCAUGACAGACAGACAGACACACACGCACACUUUAUCGCAUCUUUAGCUUGAAUGGGGUGUGGGAAAAGGCCCUGGCCCAGAAACACAGUUUUUGACAAUUACUGGUGUAUGUUGUAGGUCAGCCGUCCCAUCCCUCAUAUCACCACUCUGUACUCAGUACUCCGUACUAUGUACUCUAUCUACCCAGCAGAUUGCAUUGUUUUCUCCUCCAGAAUCCAGACCUAUAAACAUUACUUAUUUAUACACUGGCCUACCUGGGAUAUCAUUUUUCCCUCUUAGAAAUAAAUGUACUGUACCAUUUCUCUGGAGUUGGCAGGACAACACAGGAGAACGCUGGGUACUUUUAGCGAUUGUGUAUUCCAGACAGACGGUGAGGAAGGGGAUCUGUGAGAAAUGUGACCUCCAUGCUAGGUCGAAAAUAUAGAGGUUAGGACAACGUAAUAAUUCCAUGCGGCAGUGUUCGAAAAUAAACAAAUUCAUUGGACCAGCGUUGCUGAUUCUACAGGAUUAGCAUUGAAAACGUGACCAGUGGUCAGGACACCAAGUAAUAACGUGGCUGUAGUAGAACAUGUGACAUGUUUUGACAGUAAAACAGGUAUGCUAUGUGCUUGCAGAGUAGUUAGCUGACAUUCAUUACGAUUGUGUUUAUUAUCCACUUUCAUGGCGAACUUUCUGUACUGCUAACAUUCACUUCCAGUCAUUUGCUUGCAUUGCUAGUCCAAUUGUUUAGAUUUCUACCACAUUUAUGCAUAGACUUUAUAUUAGAUAUUUUAUAUUAGAAUCCUUGUGUCCUAACUUAUAUAUUUUCGACCUAGCCUCCAUGCUGCCAUGCUGGAUGCUAAAAUUGCCUUCAGCCUGCUUUAUUUGUGUGUGUACACACACUCUUGUUUCGGUAUGUCAUGUGAUCUGUCUCGGAGGUGACAGGACAGGGUUUCAAAAAAAAUUGGAGUUGAUGAAUUUGACCUAUCAUGAUCCAAUGUGAUGUAGGCUAGAUAAACUGGGCGGUUAGCUUGCAUGACACAGUGCUUCUGAGUCUGGGUGUCUUCCAUCAGCCUCCAAGGCUGUCCGUGUGAACUCACACCCUGGCUAACCGAUGUCCUAGUUAAUGAGAUCCAGUGUCAGAUGCUGGAGAAACUAUUCAUGUUGGAAACAGUAUUCAGGUUCUAUGACUCAGGGCCAAGGCAGCUGUCAGAGAAAGUAUCAGACUACCCUCUUAACGGCCAAUAAUGUUAAUGACUGCAGUGUGUGGAAAGACUAAGAAAUUACAUUAAGAGAUUAUUACUAAGAGAUACAUUGUCGACUUUGUUGAAACUUACAAAGUUGUUGGUUUUUCCAUAAACACACUGGAACACCUGCUCUUUCCAUGACACUGACCAGGUGAAUCCAGGUGAAAGCUAUGUUCCCUUAUUGAUGUCACCUGUUAAAUUCACUUCAAUCAUUGUAGAUGAAGGGGAGGAGACUGGUUAAAGAAGGAUUUUUAAGCCUUGAGACAAUUGAGACAUGGAUUGUGUAUGUGUGCCGUUCAGAGGGUGAAUGGGCAAGACAAAAUACUGCAGUGCCUUUGAACGGGGUAUGGUAGUAGGUGUCAGGCGCACCGGUUUGAGUGUGUCAAGAACUACAACGCUGCUGGGUUUUUCACGCUCAACCAUUUCCCGUGUUUAUCAAGAAUGGUAUACCAACCAAAGGACAUCCAGACAUCUUGACACAACUGUGGAAAGCAUUGUAGUCAACAUGGGCCAUAAUCCCUGUGGAACGCUUUUGACAACUUGUAGUCCAUGCCCCGACGAAUUGCGGCUAUUCUGAGGGCAAAAGGGGGUGAACAAAAUAUUAGGAAUGUGUUCCUAAUGUUUUGUACACUCAGUGUAUGUGUAUUUGCUGGAUAACAUUUCAUGUUUUAGGGCAGUCUGCUGAAUGUGUUUGGACCUAACAUUUUAGUGCCUGCAACGUUCUAUAUGGCUUACUAUCAGUUUGUCAGAAGAUGGAGUAAAUGGGACAUCCUGAUCCAAAUAUAGUCUCCUCUUCCCCUCUACCAGUGCUGUGAUCUGGGCUACCACGCCAGCCUCAACCGGGCCCUGAGGACCUACCUGUCAGCGGAGUACAACCUGGAGACGAGUCGCCACGAGGGCCUGGACAUCAUCGAGAACGCAGUGGACAGCCUGGACCCCCGCAGCGACCGCCAGCGCUUCAUGGAGUUGUACCCCACUGCCUUCUGCCCGCCCAUCAAGUUUGAGUUCCAGCCCCACAUGGGCGACGAGGUGAGACACGGAGUUCAUUUGUCUAUCCAUCUAAUCAUUCAUUCAUCCAUUAUUGUAGUGAAAGUUAGUGCUUUGUCCAAAUGGUUGAAAGACCUCAGUUUGUUUACGAGAACCAAUGUGUUCAGUCCUAUAAUGCUGUACAGUGUGGAAUUUAAUUUGAUUAAAAUGUCUUGUACUAAAUGAGCCCUGGUUUUGCCGGCUUAAUUGCAUAACUUUACUGUGUCUAAGCCGGCAGAGCAGGUUUUUAUAGGCCGAAGCCAAUGACAAGCAUGCCUCAUUUCUCAGCCUUAAGUUGAGUAGAAUAUAUUUUAAUUUACUGUGGAGUCGUUGGCUCUGGGUUCCCUGAUAUCAUGUCUGUUUACAAACUAUUGUUCUGCAGCUGUCUGGAUUCAGAUAUGGGUCAGUGGACACCAUUGUGGUUUGUGGCGUAGUUUAAACUGAUUUUAUUUUUAGGUUAAAGAUUAAAUGAGCCCUCUGUCUGACGGCGGUGAUGAAGUGACUUCCUGUUCAGUGAUGAUGCAUUUCCUCUUCUUGUCCAGGUGUGUCAGAUCGCGAUGCAGCCUCCGGUGAACGGAGAGCUAAUGCUGAGGUUCCAGCAGCUACAGUCCCGCCUGGCCACUUUGAACAUUGAGAACGAGGAGGUAAGAGGGAGCCGAGCUCUGACAUACCUUAGUCCUAUUUAGUCGGCCAUGCAACAGAAAAAGUGGAAAACGCAAAAGAAAUAGGAAAACGCAAAUGAGUGUUGGUUAUUGGACCAAUUAGUCCUUAAGUUCAAGUUCAGUCCUCCCUGUUUUAGUCCUUUUAAAAAAAAAAUAUUUGGAGCUUAAUGAACACAACUGUUUGGGUCCAUUGUGGUCGCAUGUUGGGAAGGAAUUAAAAUGCUGUAUGAAAAGUUAACUUAAGUCAGAAGUCAGCCAAGGAGAGUUGAUGGCUUAAAUCAUUUAGAAAUCGAAGUUGGAAUAAUUACCAUACAACAAAAACCUCUCCUACCCUGCAGGCAGCCUUCAGAACCACACAGAGAGGUCGUCUCCCUCGCUCCCAAUGGUGGAAAAAAUCACUGUCUCUCUCUCACUCUCUCUCACACACACACACAGACACGAUAUAUAUUCUAUUUGCACACUCUGUCCCCCCACCUCUCGGUUUUGACAUUGGCGAUACAUCCCCGGCUGUAACAUUUUAAUCGGACUCGGGCUGGCUGGCAUGCCUGAGUGCUUGCUAAGUAAAAAGCCAACUGGAAGGAAAUGACUGUGUAUGUCUGCUGCUGCGGUGUUAGGGAGUGCAAUCACGUCCAUCAGUCUGGCUUCUUGUGUCUCACAUCUGACAUGCUAUCUCCACUCCCUCGUCUCGUCUCACAUCCGUGCACACAGCCUUCUCUCUUUUAUAUCACAAAGAAAGAAGGACUUAGGAAUGAAUGCUUGUCAAUGUGUCAGUCAGCUUCCGCUGCUUCAAGAGAUUUCAGACUGGUUUGAUUAUACAACUAAAUGAAGUUUAUAGAUAUGCGUUUUUGUCAGAUGAUGCAUGAAAUGUCUGCAAGAUCUCAGUAUCUUUUUUACCUUUACAUUGUAGUCUAGGACUGUAUGUUUGUGGUUUGAGUGGUGUGUUUCAUACUGGGCUACAAGGCUCAGGCUAUCAUACUGGGUGUGUAAUGUAUUUCUGGACGGGGAGCUGUUGUUGACGCCUAAGCCCAGCUGGUGCUUUCACACUGGCUGUAUGUAGUCAGUGCAGGCAGGACCCCUCUGUGUGGAGUGUCGUGAAAAACCAUAGUGCUACAUGCCCUUGUCUGCCUGGAUGAAAUGAAUGUCCCACGCAGGUCAGGAUGGGGAACCACUGCUCUGUGUCCAGCCCACCAGAGGGCCUCUCUUUCUUGGCAUGGUUUGUAAUUGAAAAGGCCUUUCCAGGGGCUGUCAAGACACUGAAGCAGAACUGUACACACAUUGGCUGUUUCAAACGUUCCAAGCUGUCAAAUCCUUGCUUCAUCCGUCCUUGUUUUCUCAAUAGCUAUCCAAGCUCAUUGGAGGAGGUCUGAGGGAGGGACCUUGGAUCCUCUCCUCCAAUACGCUUUGAUAGGAAUUGAGGAAACUAGGACAGAGGAGGCAAGGAUUUGACUGACCAAGAUCUGUUCCAGCCAGGAAGUGAAAAGCUGGAAUUUGUUUUUGUUUUCUGGUAUCAGUUGACAUGCAGCUGUUUCCUCGACCCUUGACUCCAUGAACGGGAGAAAGAAAACAUGGAUAAAAUGAUUUAUUAACAUCAGAGAAGGAAGCCUCUGGAAGCUACUCACCAUGGGAUGGCCCAUUGUGGUUCUCCGGUCUGGUCUGGGUGUAUAUAUGCAGACAUUUUUGCAGAAAUUAUGGAAUAUGUUCUGCUGUGUUGGUUAAACCUCUACUUCUCUCAGAGGACAGAGUUGUGUUCAUUACAGUUCCUUCGCCAUUCAACGUGGGUAUUUCUCAGAGCUACAGUGAGGGAAAAAAGUAUUUGAUCCCCUGCUGAUGUUGUACGUUUGCCCACUGACAAAGAAAUGAUCAGUCUAUAAUUUUAAUGGUAGGUUUAUUUGAACAGUGAGAGACAGAAUAACAACAAAUCCAGAAAAACGCAUGUCAAAAAUGUUAUAAAUUGAUUUGCAUUUUAAUGAAGGAAAUAAGUAUUUGACCCCCUCUCAAUCAGAAAGAUUUCUGGCUCCCAGGUGUCUUUUAUACAGGUAACGAGCUGAGAUUAGGAGCACACUCUUAAAGGGAGUGCUCCUAAUCUCAGCUUGUUACCUCUAUAAAAUACACCUGUCCACAGAAGCAAUCAAUUAAUCAGAUUCCAAACUCUCCACCAUGGCCAAGACCAAAGAGCUCUCCAAGGAUGUCAGGGACAAGAUUGUAGACCUACACAAGGCUGGAAUGGGCUACAAGACCAUUGCCAAGCAGCUUGGUGAGAAGGUGACAACAGAAGAAACACAAAAGACUGUCAAUCUCCCUCGGCCUGGGGCUCCAUGCAAGAUCUCACCUUGUGGAGUUGCAAUGAUCAUGAGAACGGUGAGGAAUCAACCCAGAACUACACGGGAGGAUCUUGUCAAUGAUCUCAAUGCAGCUGGGACCAUAGUCACCAAGAAAACAAUUGGUAACACACUACGCCGUGAAGGACUGAAAUCCUGCAGCGCCCGCAAGGUCCCCCUGCUCCAGAAAGCACAGAUACAGGUCCGUCUGAAGUUUGCCAAUGAACAUCUGAAUGAUUCAGAGGAGAACUGGGUGAAAGUGUUGUGGUCAGAUGAGACCAAAAUCUAGCUCUUUGGCAUCAACUCAACUCGCCGUGUUUGGAGGAGGAGGAAUGCUGCCUAUGACCCCAAGAACACCAUCCCCACCGUCAAACAUGGAGGUGGAAAAAUUAUGCUUUGGGGGUGUUUUUCUGCUAAGGGGACAGGACAACUUCACCGCAUCAAAGGGACAAUGGACAGGCCAUGUACCGUCAAAUCUUGGGUGAGAACCUCCUUCCCUCAGCCAGGGCAUUGAAAAUGGGUCGUGGAUGGGUAUUCCAGCAUGACAAUGACCCAAAACACACAGCCAAGGCAACAAAGGAGUGGCUCAAGAAGAAGCACAUUAAGUCCCUGGAGUGGCCUAGCCAGUCUCCAGACCUUAAUCCCAUAGAAAAUCUGUGGAGGGAGCUGAAGGUUCGAGUUGCCAAACGACAGCCUCGAAACCUUAAUGACUUGGAGAAGAUCUGCAAAGAGGAGUGGAACAAAAUCCCUCCUGAGAUGUGUGCAAACCUGGUGGCCAACUACAAGAAACGUCUGACCUCUGUGAUUGCCAACAAGGGUUUUGCCACCAAGUACUAAGUCAUGUUUUGCAGAGGGGUCAAAUACUUAUUUCCCUCAUUAAAAUGCAAAUCAAUGUAUAACAUUUUUGACAUUAUUUUGUUGUUAUUCUGUCUCACUGUUCAAAUAAACCUACCAUUAAAAUUAUAGACUGAUCAUGUCUUUGUCGGUGGGCAAACGUACAAAAUCAGCAGGGGAUCAAAUACUUUUUUCCCUCACUGUAGCUAUUAAUCCAGUCAUAUAAAUUCCUUUUGCAUCUGAUAUUUGGAUGAAACACCGCUUUAGACAGAUACAGAUGGCGUCGCUUUUCUCCUCUCUCUCUCUCUCUCGCUAGAUGUGUACUGAACUUAAUGGAUAUUCUCCAGGCGUUUUGCACAAACCCUGGCAAUCCCAUACGGUCUCCUUUGUAGGGAGCCAGUGUUUGUUUUUCCACAGAUAAACCUCAGGGUGGCACAUCAAAGCCUGGGAGAUGUGUGUUCAGUGUUAACUUAGUGUUGGCCAGCCGCAGCCCUGACUCACUGAUCCUGCUACUUACCACAGGCCCUGAUGGAUAGAAGUCCUGCUACUCACCACAGGCCCUGAUGGAUAGAAGUCCUGCUACUCACCACAGGCCCUGAUGGAUAGAAGUCCUGCUACUCACCACAGGCCCUGAUGGAUAGAAGUCCUGCUACUCACCACAGGCCCUGAUGGAUAGAAGUCCUGCUACUCACCACAGGCCCUGAUGGAUAGAAGUCCUGCUACUCACCACAGGCCCUGAUGGAUAGAAGUCCUGCUACUCACCACAGGCCCUGAUGGAUAGAAGUCCUGCUACUCGCCAGACAAGGAGAUGUGGUAGUUGUGAAGUCACUUGUCAGGCUGACCAUGGUCCUUUGUAGCUCAGUUGGUAGAGCAUGGCGCUUGUAAUGCUAGGGUAGUGGGUUCGAUCCCCGGGACCACCCAUACGUAAAAUGUAUGCUCUCAGGGGCCUCCCGAGUGGCGCAGCGGUCUAAGGCACUGCAUCACAGUGCUUGAGGCGUCACUACAGACCCGGGUUCGAUCCCAGGCUGUGUCACAACCGGCCGUGACCGGGAGUCCCAUAGGGCGGCGCACAAUUGGCCCAGCAUCGUCCGGGUUAGGGGAGGGUUUGGCCGGUGGGGCUUUACUUGGCUCAUCGCGCUCUAGCGACUCCUUGUGGCGUGCCGGGCGCUUGCAGGCUCACUUCAGUCGUCAGUUGAACAGUGUUUCCUCCGACACAAUGGUGUGCGGCUGACUUAGAGUUAAGCGGGCGGGUGUUAAGAAGCGCGGUUUGGCGGGUCAUGUUUCGGAGGACGCAUGAAUCGACCUUCACCUCUCCCGAGCCCGUUGAGGAGUUGCAGCGAUGAGACAAGAUCGUAAUUGUAUCGCAAUUGGAUAUCACGAAGUUGGGUAGAAAAAGGGGGUUCAAAAUAAAAAAUAUAAAUAAAAUGUAUGCUCAUGAUUGUAAGUCGCUUUGGAUAAAAGUGUCUGCUAAAUGGCAUUUAUUAUUAUUAUUAUUAUAUUCAACCCCAGAGUUCAGAAGCCAAAUACACCAUGAAGAUGCAGACCCUAAAUGUCAAGAAGGUCUGUAGUUCUAGAAUCAAGGUGAUAAGAAAUGUCUAUAUUCCAUAUAUCUUGCUCCUAAUGGCCUUGUAGUCUCAGGCUGCCCCAGCAGCCACCGGGAUCACCUCCAGGCCUCCUGCUCUAAUCCUGCUGGGCACCAAUGGGCAUAUCCCAGUGAGCGUCUCUAUCUAAAAGCCCUGCUGUAAUUGAGCAUAGCAGUCAACACUGGUAACUAGUAGUCUGCUGAAUAAUAGAGGGACUUUCAACAGCUUUGUAGCUGGGAGCAAUUCUCUCGCAUGCGUGGGUCCUCUCCAUACUGUGACAGCUGGGCCCCUUGGCCUCCGCAGGCCCACCCGGGAGAGGCUGGGGAAAGAGGGGGCUCACCUCUUACCCAGGAGUUUGUUAGGAAAGGUACUUCCGUGUCAAGGGCACAGAGAUGAUGGAACCCAUGGGCUGGUCCUAAACAGUGCAACUCUAGACCCGUAUUCACAAGGCAUCUCAUAGUAGGAGUGCUAAAAUAGGAAGACCCAGGUCUUUUGGGUCCUAUCAAAGCAGAAUGUUGAUCAAUCCUGUCAAGCAAAAGGAAGUGAAUUUUAAGCACCCUCAUUCCACUCAGUAUUAUCACUCCUCAUCUGAAACUUUCAAAUGAUCCAGUUCUCUUUAGUAAUUGAAGGUAGUACUAUAGUAGCGAUGUUCUAAAUCACCAAACAAACUUUUCAGGUUGUCUUUAAUUUGAAACGUCUAAGUUUAAUCGCCUGCCAAUCCUCCAUUUCUUCUUGUACACUGUCAUUCUCCCUGUCCUGACCUAUAGUGUUGUAGUCUAGUACUGUACUGUAUGUUUGUGGUUUGAGUGGUGUGUUUCAUACUGGGCUACAAGGCUCAGGGUAUAACACUGGGUGUGGAAUGUAUUUCUGGACGGGGAGCUGUUGUUGACGCCUAAGCCCAGCUGGUGCUUUCACACUGGCUGUAUGUAGUCAGUGCAGGCAGGACCCCUCUGUGUGGAGGGUCGUGAAAAGCCAUGGUGCUGCAUGCCCUUGUCUGCCUGGAUGAAACGGAUGCUCCACACAGGUCAGGACGGGGAACCACUGCUCACCAGAUGGCCUCUCUUUCUUGGCAUGGUGUGUCAUUUCUGGUUUUUGCUUAACAUAGCGACGAAUGACAGUGUGACUUGGCAUGCUUUCUUGGCAUGAUGUCAUUUCUGUUUUUUGCUCCACAUAGCAACGAAUGACAGUGGAACUACAGCCGCUGUGUGUGUGUGUGUGUGUGUGUGUGUGUGCGCACACGCAGAAUCAGUCAUGUGAUCCGUCACCGUAACAACACACAGAUGAAAGGGUAGUUGAAGAAAGAGAGCCUUGGGUUCCUUCAUUCCACCCUGUUUUUCUCAGGUGCUUCAAAGGUUGAAUGAGUCAUGGGUCAGACAAUUAGAAAGACAAGCUAUAAUCUGUUCCUGUCUCUGUGUAUAGUAGCUACAUGUGGAACCAAUGUUGUUCUCCCAUUAGAGGUCAUGGUCUUCAUUAAUGAUUUAUUGAAUGAAAGAACACUCCCUUUGACUAUGGUAUGCUCGAGUCUGACUUUGAGAUUGAGAUUAAUGGCGUAUUCAAGCCACCCCCCCUUGAGAUAUUUCUCAUUCAAGCGCUCACAGCUCGACUAGUUACUAGCUCGCCUAUCAGAGGUACAUGCCUUCUGACUUUGAUGGUCACACGCCUUAACCUCCCUGUCAGAGUUCUGUGUUGUAUGCAGAGUGGCGCUUUCUGCUAGAGAUGGUGGUUAGGCUGUUUCUGUUCUGUGCGAGUUGGCCUCUCUCUCUCUUGCUCUCUCUCUCGCUCUCCUUCUUUCUCUCUCUCUCUCUCUCUCUUGCUCUCUCUCUUGCUCUCCUUCUUUCUCUCUCUCCCCCUUUCACUCUCACUCUCCUCGCUCUCUCUGCAUCUUUUCUGUGUCAAUGACUCACGCUGACACACUCGACAGUCAGUCUUGGGUUCUGGCAGGUAUCUUUCAACCACUUCAUCAGGUGAACACAUGCUCUCUGACAUCAUGUGAGCCCUCAGCAUGCAACACCAUCAUUUCCAUCCUGUCUAUCUACCUCCUAACUCUCUAAGUCUCUCUCUCUCUCUUUCAUCUCUCUCCUUCGAUCCUUCUCCCCCAAAUGUAUCACAUCAGGGCAUCAGUGAAAUGGGAGUAUUUUCAGGGGCCAAAACGUCUCUGAGUGAGACCUUUUUGAACACUUUGAAGGUGGGAACAGUUUGUUCGCAAACUGGAAAUAAGUAUAUUUUUGACUUAGUCACGGUUACUGUCAGUCUCUAGUGGAAUCUUGCAUUGUGGUGUCCUCCCUCUGUUGUAAGUGAUGGGAUAUGCUUGGCCAAGCCCUGACGUUUACAAGCUCUUGGAAAAGCACUCGCUGACAGUGAAGUGGCGGUUAUGGAAAUAAGAAUUAAAAGUCUGGGACUGAGUUCCAUUCCUCCCUACCUUCCUUCCUUCCAGCUCUAUUCUAUCGGAGUGCAUGCAAAUUGAUUGCCCUGGUCUGGAGUCAUGCUCAAGGACUGAGGCAUUUGUCAUGCUGCGUGAGAGGCUGUCAGAAAGCCAUGAAUUUCUCACAUUACUUUCACAUGGGAUAGAAAGUGAUAAGAGGGGGAUCAUGGUAUAAGUUAUUUCAAUUGGUUACAAUGGUGGUACCAACCAUGCUGUACUCUGAUAGCACUCAGACUUGGCUACCAUUGGGUAGUGUUGGUAGGUAUAUACAGUUAGAUAAAACAUAUUGACUAACUGCAUUGUAGUAACACAAUAACUCUCUCCAUCUCUCCAUAACUUCUGCAACUCACUCAAGUACCCUCCUCAGCCAGUGCCUAUAGUUUAGGGGUCAUAAACUCUGUCUCUUGGAUCUUUGGUCAGUGGUCGUUACUAGGCACUGGUCCUUCAAACGGAAAUGGGUACUUGAUUGAGUGCUUGAGGGAAAACAAACUACAGUUUAAUGUGUUUACACCUGUGGCACUGUAAACCUGUAGUAAAGUUGCGGUCCUCUCUUGUGUUCUGUCCAGAUCAAGAAGACGUCGGAGGCCACCCUGACUACCAUCCAGGAUAUGGUGACCAUCGAAGACUACGACGUGUCCGAGUGUUUCCACCAUAGCCGCUCCACCGAGUCGGUCAAAUCCACUGUGUCGGAGACCUACCUCAGCAAGCCCAGCAUCGCCAAGCGGAGGGCCAACCAGCAGGAGACAGAGCAGUUCUACUUCAUGGUGAGUAGAGCGCCCCCUAAUGGUAACCUCUGAGUUAUGACUGUAUAGAACUGGGCAGGGUCAUAUUCAUUGAACACAGUAGCAAUAUGUAGCAAAAUGUUUGCAAUAGAAAGCAACAUAAAUGUUCUGUAAGUUGUGCUGACUUUAAAUUCAGACUGACAGUCACUAUAGAAAUUGCUAUGGAAAUAUUAAUACAUUGGAUUUUGACUACUUUGGAUCGUUGUGAUCCAUGGUGGUGUGGUAGUAGUUGUAAUGUAUCUUAGCAAUAGAGCAUGUGACAAAAAUAUGUGCAUACUGUGCUUGUUUUUCUAGUGAUUAAUUUUUUUAGCUUUAUAAUGUUGCGUAUCUUAUGUAUUCCCUCUCUGGGCAAUUUAACUCUGACACAAAGCUCUUCAAAAAUAUAUCUCUUUGUUCUUCUGUCCUCCUGGCCGUCUAAAGAUGGAUAUAAAGCUUUUAAAAAAACGUUAUUUGUCGUUGUGUCCUUUGCCCUUGGCUGCCUUAUCAGAGAUUGGUGUCUUAAGGGCAGGCAACGCUCACUUGGCUCAUCAGCUCUAGUAAUUACUCUGAAUUCUCCACAGAAAUUCCGGGAGUUUCUGGAGGGCAGCAAUCUCAUCUCCAAACUGCAGGCCAAGCACGACCUGCUGAAGAGGACUCUGGGAGAAGGUAAGGGAUCAGAGACCCCCAAUGUCCUGGCCUACUUCAUCUCUGUCUGUCUGUCUGUCCCCUCUGUCCCCUCUCUGUCGGUCUGUCCCCUCUCUGUCGGUCUGUCCCCUCUCUGUCUGUCUGUCCCCUCUCUGUCUGUCUGUCCCCUCUCUGUCUGUCUGUCCCCUCUCUGUCUGUCUGUCCCCUCUCUGUCUGUCUGUCCCCUCUCUGUCUGUCUGUCUGUCUGUCUGUGUCCCCUCUGUCUGUCUGUCUGUCUGUGUCCCCUCUGUCUGUCUGUCUGUCCCCUCUGUCUGUCUAUCCCCUCUCUGUCUGUCUAUCCCCUCUCUGUCUGUCUGUCCCCCUUCUGUCUGUCUGUGUCCCCUCUGUCUGUCCCCUCUGUCUGUCUGUAUGUCUGUCCCCUCUGUCUGUCUGUAUGUCUGUCCCCUCUGUCUGUCUGUCCCCUCUCUGUCCCCUCUCUGUCUGUCUGUCCCCUCUCUGUCUGUCUGUGUCCCCUCUGUCUGUCUGUCCCCUCUGUCUGUCCGUCUGUCUGUCUGUCGGUCGUUCCACCAUCCAGACAGGAGGGAAAUGACUGGGCUUAGUUUGGCUGAGUUGUGAACUAAGUAGGUUUCCAUAUGUAUUAAACAGUAAACUGACUGAACGUCUUGGCUAUUGUCUGUGGCCAGUGGGCUGGGGUUUGUAAAGGAACUCAUGGUUAAAUGAAAGGGAAAGAUUGCAUGCACUUUCUGAAUGAAAUGCUGUGCUUUAGAACUCAGCUAAUUAGAAACAGGUAAAAACAUACUAGGUUGAUUCUAAAAUUGUCCAUUUCAAUCUCCUCUCGAUGUGGUAACAUUUCCAUUGUGCUACUUUCUCCAUCGGGCCUCACUACUGAGAAAUAAUCUCAGCAUUAGCGAGCCAAGUCAGAGCUAAAGGGAUUGUGCCGUUGUAUUAUCCAUCUUAGAGAUUGAUUAGUGGUUAGCGUAAUGGCCCGGCAGCAUCAGCGCAUAUUACUAUUAUGGCUGGGGUCCCUGUGUUCUACAUUGGUGGUAUAUCUCCUCAAGGCCUUUGACUAAGCUUCUGUCAACACUGAACUGCUGCUCCUGGUCCUGAUAGCAACAAAUAAAGGCUGCUCUCGGGGUGUUCUCAAUCAGUCAGUCUCAGUCAAUCUGUUGACUA